AUGGGCGACGUCAAGGAGUUCUUGCUGGAAUGCAUGAAAAUCGAUUCGACGACGGGGAAUGAGGGAGCUUAUGCUUCCUUCAUCACCUCAGCGCUAAAAUCGGCGGGCUGGACGAUAGAGGAGCAACCGAUUGCCGGCCAGGAGCACCGCAAAAAUGUGUUGGCAACCAGGGGAUGCGAUCGGGAAGAUAUUCGGCUUGUGCUAAACACCCACCUCGACACCGUACCACCCUAUAUUCCACCCAGUGAAGAUGAUGUGAAAAUCUACGGUCGCGGUUGCAAUGACGCUAAAGGACAAAUGGCCGCCAUGAUUUUUGCGGCCAAUCGAAUUGCCGAGAAGAAUCCAAAACUGGCAGAACAGAUCGGUCUUCUCUUUGUGGUGGGAGAAGAGCUUGACCAUAUUGGGAUGAAGGAGGCCAACAAGCUGAAACUCAGCCCGGAAUUCCUGAUCGUUGGCGAGCCGACGGAUAAUCGAUUUGCCACGAUACAGAAAGGGGCGUAUAAGGUCCAUAUCCGAACUACCGGAAAAGCCGGCCAUUCCGGAUACCCGCAUACCGGGACCAGCGCAAUCCAUAAGCUCGUCGACGUCCUCCACGACAUCUCCGAGCACGACUGGCCAAAGAGCGAGGUCCACGGGGAUACCACCUACAAUAUGGGGUUCAUCAACGGCGGGCAUGCGCUGAACGCCUGGGCCGAGAAGGCCGAGGCGUCCAUAUUUUUCAGGAUUACUACUUCAGUGGAAGACGUGCGAGCUCGACUCGAAAAGAUCGUAGCAGGGCGUGCGGAGAUCGACAACGCGCUCGGCGGCAAUGAUCCCGUGCUGUUGUCCAAGACACCAUUUGAGGCGCCCACCAUUGCCGCGUCGUUCAACACCGACCUGUCGUAUUUUGAUGGGCUAGCAAAGUUGAAGGGUGUGUAUCUCUUUGGUGGCGGUUCGAUUACGAAUGCCCAUUCUGAUGACGAGUUUAUCGUGAAAUCCGACCUCACCGCGGCCGUCGACACGUACGAGCAGCUGAUCACCGCCCUGCUGACUCAA